AUGGGCCCAGCUACCUUCCAGUAUGUACGAGAAGGCCUACUCCCAUCACAGGCAAUAUUUCACAAGUUGUUGCUUCAGCUGUUUGUUGGUGGGAAAAAGAGGUGGAAGAGGUUCACCGCACAGAGGAACAGAGAUGGCGUGGAGCUGAGUGUGAAGAUGGACAUGGCAACAAAGCAUUACGAGAGAAAACGCCAGCAGCUCGCAUUCACCAAAUGGUUGGAUUGGGUUCAGUUACGCAAAAGGAAACAGGCUGGUAGAAUCAGUCUCAAUGCUUGUGCUGCUCUGCCACUGAUAAGGAUGAAAGUUUCAAAUGCUCGAUGUCUUAAGCGCAUCAUAUUUGCACGGCGCAGUGUUGCAAGAGAGUCAAAGAGGACAAAGGAGUACAUUAAGGAGUUGGAUCUGGGGUUUUCUAAAAUGGACAUUGAAGGAAAACAGACUGAUGUAAUUUCAAUGCUCCCCACGACCCUCUUACAGAAGAUCUUUCAGUAUCUGCAAUUACGAGACUGGAUAAAUUGUGCCGAGGUGUGUUGCACUUGGAAAGCCAUCAUCCAGUCAGGGACACUGGAUAUUGAUCAUCUUUCUUAAUGUUUGUCAUCUCAGAUCAACUUUUCAGUGGAGAGAGAAUGGAUAACGGACAGCACAGUGAAGCAGAUUCUGCAGAACUGUCGCCCGUUUGUGAUCCGUAUCAAUCUGUGUAACUGUGCGAACCUAAAAUGGACCCGUUUAAAAUUUGUCAGUGAAUGUAGAAAUCUGCAGGAACUCAAUAUAUCAGAGUGUGACAAUAUCACUGAUAUGAUGCUUCAGCGAAUCCUCGAAGGCUGUCCCAGUUUGCUCUAUUUAAACCUUUCAUAUACGCUUGUGACAAACACAACAUUAAAACAACUGUCCAGGACGUGUCUGAACCUUCAGUACCCGAGUCUGGCUUACUGCACAGAUGAAGGUUUCAAAUACCUGUCCGCUGGGAAUGGUUGUCACAAUCUCAUCCACCUCAACCUCUCCGGCUGCACUCAGAUGAUGGUGAACGGAUUCAGAUACAUUUCUAAUAGCUGCCCUACACUCAAAAAAAUUGUGAUCAAUGACAUGCUCCCUCUGUCAGAUGCGCUGACAGCCAGAUGUCACUGUCUGUCUUCUGUUUCGCUAUUGGGUGCUCCUCACCUGUCAGACACGGCCUUCAAAGCCAUUGCUGAAGUAUCCAAACUUAAGACUUUCAGUAUAGAAGGAAACGACCACAUAACGGACAUCAGCUGGAAGGCCUUGUGUCAUAGCUCAAGGAGUCUCUGCAGACUCCAUGCUGCACAGUGCCCCAGGAUGACUAAUGCCACCCUCAAAUCUGUUGCCACCCUGAACAACCUGCAAUAUCUGGACAUCUCACAUUGCAACAAUGUAACUGAUAACGGGAUCCGGUACCUAACCGAAGGGUCUUUUAACACCAAACUGCGAGAGCUGAAUGUGAGUCAUUGCAGCAACAUCAACAACAUCUCUGUCAUGAGGAUUGCACAAAGGUUCUGCAGGCUGUACCAUCUCAACUUGAGUUACUGUGAGAGACUGACUGACAUUAGCCUGGAGUGGCUGAGUGGCGGCUGUAUAUCCUCUCUUGAUAUGAGCGGUUGCAACAUCCACGAUCAGGGACUGGCCACUCUUGAGGGUAUUUGCUUGAAGAAGCUUGUUCUUGCAGAGUGUGUUUGUAUCACAGACGCUGGCAUUGAGAAGAUGUGUCAGAAUGUGAUGGCUUUGGAACACGUGGACGUGUCUCACUGUGUAGCUCUGCCUGACUCAGCUAUCAGAGCACUUACGUGUUGCUGCAGAAGUCUUCUCAGUCUGCGGAUAGCAGGCUGUCCAAAGAUGACUGAUAUGGCCGUGCAGUAUCUGACAAGUGGAGCUCCGUACCUUCAAGAGCUUAAUGUGAGCGGCUGUGUUCUUCUGACAGAUCGUACUCUCCGCCUCUUAGAAACAUGUCAUCUUCCGCUUAGGACCUUUGAAAUGUCCUACUGCUGGGGCAUCUCCAAGCUGGCUGCUUUGAAGCUUCAGUCACGUGUGCAGCACUGGGAGCACAGCAGUGAUAAACACGAACACAAGCCAAAAAAGAAGUCCUCACAAGACCUCUUAACAGUUCAGGAGCAGCAGAGGAUGACACAAGGAGGUGGGAUGAUGCAGAGCACUACAUAA